UCUCUUGUCAAGAGAAAGAGAGAAAAGAAGACAUGGGCGAUAAGCGGCCAUACAUGGCAAUGGUGGUUGUGCAAGUGAUAUUUGCAGGCAUGGCCUUGACCUCCAAAGCUGCAUUCAAUCAUGGAAUGAACACCUUCAUCUUUCUUUUCUACAGACAAGCUUUCUCUGUUCUUCUCUUACUUCCACUCUCUCUCCUUUUUGGCAGGAAGAAUGCAACAUCUUUACCGUUCAAGCUACUUCUCAAGAUCUUCUUCUGGUCACUCAUAGGGCUUACCGUCAAUCUAAAUGUAUACAAUGUGGCCAUAAAAUUCACUUCCACAACUGUUGCAACUGCAGCAACAACUGCCAUCCCUGUUCUUACUUUCAUCCUCGCAGUUCUUCUCAAGAUGGAAAAUCUUAAUCCAAAGAGAAUGCCAGGCAUAUUGAAGUCAUUGGGAAUAGCAUUUUGUUUGGCUGGUGUACUAGUUAUAGCUUUCUACAAAGGUCCACAAGUUAUAUCUGUGAACUCUAAUCAUCCAACUAUGCAUGGAAGUGCUGCAAAUCAACAUGUGAUUCCCAAUUCAACGAGGACAUGGAUUAAGGGUACUUUUCUUAUGGUCUUGGCCACUAUUGCAUGGUCUUCCUGGAUUGUCUCACAGGGGUUUCUAUUGAAUGAAUAUCCUCAUCAACUUAUCUUUCAAACCCUCUGUGCAAUUUUCAGCACAUUUCAAUCAUUUUUAAUAGCAAUUGCUUUCGAAAGACACUUAUCCAAGUGGAAAUUACAAAUGGAUGUUGGCCUUUAUGCAAUUGCAUAUGGUGGAAUUUUCGUCGGCGUAAUAGGAUUUUACUUACAAACUUGGUCUAUUGAUAAGAAAGGGCCCGUGUUUGCUGCAAUCUUCACUCCAUUAUCACUUGUGAUUACCACUGCAUUGUCUACAUUCUUUUUAAAUGAAAUCACUUAUUUUGGAAGUGUUUUGGGUGCUGUUUUAAUGGUAAUAGGACUUUAUAGUGUUCUAUGGGGAAAGAUUAAAGAAAAGAAGCCUCGAGAUGAGAUACUGAGAACGUAGAAUGCUUUCAAGAAUGAAUUUAAAAAAAAAAAAGCUUGGUCUGAGAACUUAGAAUACAUUCAAGAAUGAAUUAAAAACAAAGAAGCUUGGGAUGUUUUCUAAUUCAUUGUGCUUGUAAUUUUCUCAAAUAAUACCUUCUUCCACUAGAAAGUAAAAGAUGUAAAUUUGAAUCAUGUCACACUUCAAAGUAAAUUGUUUCAAAUCAGCUGUUUGUAAAUAAAAUAAAGA